GUUGAUGCACGGCAGGAUAUAUAUAUGCGUAGGCGAGACCAGUCCACCCAGGAACUUGCAGGAAGCAGCCGCGAAGAAGACGGCGAGCUCUGCUUGGCGGCCAUGGCACGCGGCGACUGAAGCGAAUCGGCGCGGCGGGUGCUGCCGAUUUACACUUCCUUGAGAGUUGGAACAACUCGCUCUGCUCGACGGAACAAUCGGCGCCUUGACACCUGGUCUCCCAUGGAGGUGCAGAUGGCCGCUCAAGUUGCGAAGUCAGCGGGGCGCAGCACGCCGCCUCAUCAUCACGGCGGCGGCGCGAAGGCCGUCCCCGGCUACCUCAGGCCGGCGGCGGGCUCCUGCCACCACGUCUGCAAGUACGGCGGCACGCACGCGUUCGAGGACAAGGAGGCAACGAAGAAGCCCCACCCGAAGCCCCGGAAGCAGCAGCAGCCGCCGCCGGCGGCGGCCCCGGAGAGCCAGAGCAGGGUGAUGGUCAAGGUGCGGUCCGUGUUCCGGCGGCGUGUCGGGGACUCCAGCAGGGCUGCCGAGAAGGCGUCCGCCGCCGCAAGCAAGGCGACGGGAGCCGGCGAUAGCGUGGAGUGGAAGGACAUCGUGGCCUACGAUACCAAGGUUCCAACCCGUGGAUCGUCUCCGCAGCCUGAUAAAGUCUCGGCCCCUGUCACCGGCUCCGGCGAUGCCAAGAAGAAGGACGUGACGACGAAGGGGAAGAAGUCACACGGCAAGGCCAGCAAGAUCACAGGACAAGUGGAUGCUGCACAAACCACUCAAGAUGAAACACUGGAGAAGAAGAGCACAAAGCCUCCGAAAGGGAAGAAACCCAUGGCGGCGCUGCUCGUCGACAAGAUGGCAAUUGAUCAAGAGCUGCUCCACGGGUACCAAACCCUUUCCCCAUCCCUGAUGCAAAGCCGGGCAAGCCUCUUGCGCGACCUUGAACAGGAGAUGGUUCGUGACGGAGCUGCCAAUGCGAAAUGGGAAAGGACACCGUGCUCUCUUGAUGAGGAGGAGCUCGCCGCCGCCGCCGCAGCAGAAACGAGCAGGCCGAUCCCGGCGCACCGGCGGGUGAAGAGCAUGGGCAUCGGCAGCAGCAGCCGGUCGGCCCGGCACCCGUUCGCCCGGCAGGCGAGCAAGAACUCGUCAGGCGGCUUCAAGCUGCGCUCCAGCAGGAGCACCAGGGCGCCGACCCUGCUGGCGGAAGAGGAGAAGCCGGCGAGGCUGAGGUCCCGGAGAGGCGAGGAUGCUUCGUCGGGGGGCACCGGCAGAGGCAUCCAGCUCAGGAUCAGGAGCCUCCGGCGGCGGGGUGUAGGUGGGUCCGGUGGGGCAGGCGCCAGCGCUGGAUUUGUGGUGCCGGCGGUGGUGCUGAGGCACCAGAAAACGCUGGAGAAGAAGAGGAGCCAGAGGCUGUACAACAACCUGAUCGAGGAGACGGCGAGCAAGCUCGUGAAGGCGAGGAAGAGCCGGGUGAAGGCCCUGGUGGGGGCCUUUGAGUCCGUCAUCUCCAAGAUCGCAAAGUAGCUAGGAAGCAGCAGGCAUGUCUAGUAAGGCGUGGUGCGGAGUUUGUUGUGCAAAUUUUGUUGCUCUGGAGUGAGUUUGUACUCCUUGGUGGUUCACUCAGGGCUGAACUGGAGACUCUGCAGAGAUGUUUUGAAAGUUUUUUGAUCAUGCAUUCA